UUCCUCUCUCUCUUUGUUUCUAUGUUUUCAAUUUCUAUUUAUCUUGGUUUGAAAAAUUUAAUUUUGAUGCGUAAUUUGUUGUAUCUUUGUUGUUGCGGGCGAGAUAGUAAGCAGCGAAUUCAAGUUCAUAGCCAUUAGUUAUUUCUUUUUUCUUCUCAUUAGAGAAAAAAAAAUGUUGGAAUUGAAUUUACAUUUUGUUUAACUUCCCUAACCCUUUUUUUUUUGGCGGCGGUGGGGUUCUUGGUAGCUUAUUUCAAAUGUUCAAUUUUUACUUUUUAUUUUCUUGCGUGAUGAAUUUUGGUUUUAAAUUUGUUAUCGCGUGGAAAUUAUUAGAAUAAUUGCGAUACUUAAGUGGUUUCAAAUUUAGAGUGGGGAGGUGCUUGCGGUAAUGUUUAAGUGUUGUUGUAGCAACUAUGUAUCGGGUUUUGUUUUAUAAGCAGCAACUAUGUAUUGGAUAGUGUGAAGGAUGAGCGUAGGCCUUAGAGGGGAUAUCUCAGUCCCUUUUGAAAUUUUGAAUGGUGGGGAAAUCUUCUUCUAUUUUCCAUCUGCUUGAUUGCCAAAUUUGGUCAACCUUGCUCUACUCUUUUGAGAUUUGGGUUUGAAUAAGAGUAUAAUUUGCGGUUGUUCAGUUCAUUAUUUAAUCCCCUUUCAUAUUGUACUCUUUCAACAGAAAAUAGAAAUUUUGGUUUGACAAUGUGUUUUCUGCAUUAUUUUUAUUGCUGCUAUAUACAUAGUGGCCAAUAGUGCUCUUUAGUGGAGUGGAGCUGUCGCAGACUGCAUUACAGUAGUAGCCACCAAAAUUGCUGCUUCUUGCAAUCGUAGUUGAACCUCCAUAAUAUAACCUUCAAAAACCAACUUUUACCUCCCACGGAACAUCAUUGUUUUGGAAUUUUUUGGCUAAAAUAUCCCACGAGAAGUUACCUCUGUUUUUACUUCUCUUCCUUCACAUUUUGUAGAACUGCCUUAUAUGUGUUCUGCUCACUCGUCCUCUUUUAAUUUCUGGCAUUGCUGUUAGGUUUGUUUCAACCGCCACUUUCCCACUGUUGCCUAAACUUUUUUUUUUCUUCCGGUCAUUGUUUUCUGCCACCACUGUGCUGUCACAAUCUUGCAUGGUUUGGUGACAACAAAUAGCUUCCUUGUGGCUAUGUAAACUUGGAAUGGUGAUUUCUGCUGCUGCCUCCUUUUGGUCCGGUGACACCAUGGUUGUGAUUGUCAAGGCUAGGCAACCACAACGUCUUCAAAAAUUGAGACGAUUAGAACUCUAGGAUGCUAACAGUUCCCGCAUAUGGUGACAUGUCUUACCUCCUCUCUAGCUGUGACCACCAGCGUCAGACUCGUGUCUCCAUCUUCUUUCUGGAUUUCAAUGGAUGUCGAAGAAGCAGAGAGUGAAGUUUCAGUUUCUUCUGUCAUUGCCAAUUCAAUAGCUGCUGAGCAGAAUCAAUUUCUUUCUCCGGAAGAUCUUGCUUGGGCUGAUUCCUGCCUAGUUAAAGAUUCUUCUGAUAUUUCAGAAACUGAUUGGGUCCCUUUGAAAAGUGCUUUAUUAGAAAUUAUUAAUUCCCAAUCUAAAUUUUCCAGAGAAGACAUAGAAAUUCCUCCCCACCGUAUCAGUUCUGAAAGUAUUUUUGUGGAACUUAAUCAGCAAUCUUCAACUUCUGACGGGAGAGGUUUAUCUGAGUCGUCUUCAACAUAUAAUGUUAACUCAUUAAGUAUGCUAGUAGAAACAAGCACUGAUCAAAUUCCAGAUGAUGAAACGAGUGCCAACUUGCCAUCUUUCAAUCCUUUUUUGCCAACUUAUAAUGAAAAUCUGAAGGAGGAGAAAACCAUUGAUGUUGGACUUGAUCUGGAUUCUUCCUCUUAUGAGACGGAGCAACUCGCUGACAAUAUCUUCAAAAUUUGGGAUUUAGAUAUUCCAUCUGAAGAAGGUGAACUGGUUAAACAGUUGGAUAAAGCCUUGUCAGAGAAUUCCCUUCAAACAAUGCCAUCAUCUUCUGAUGAUCCAGUGAAAUGGAUGGACAUGAAGGACAGCUCAAUCGAUGAUCUUGUUGCUGAAAUUGCUGACUUGUCAUUAAGUAGAAAUGCAUAGUAUUCAUUGAGUUUUACGUAGGUUUAAGAUUGUUCAGUCAAUUAUGCUUACUGUCAAGUAUUAGUAUUUAAGAGUUCGAAGCCUCUUUCGCUGCAAUGUUGAUAUUUCUUUUAUUUGGAACAAUGAAGAAGCCCUGAAUUAUCUUUCCAACAUAGGAUUCUCAUCUGUUCUAUACAAAGCUUCCUGUCAUCAAGAAAAUUGUGUAAAGGGAUUGAGAAACAAAGGAACACAGGACAUACAUGAUUUUAGUUCUUAUUUUAUGCCCUCGUUUCUCAGAGUGAUGAAAUCUUAUUUUAGUUCACAAAUGCUUGGACCAUAACUGAAAGAAAUAGACUCUCGCAUAAUAAGUUUAGACUA